CUUUAGUUUCGAUGCCAACAACACUACGUAAUGGAGAAUUAAUCAUAAGUACUUGUACCUUACCUUGUGCGAACCAACCAUCUAUCCAGCUCGCAGGAGCGAUUCAAGGAAGCUGGCUUAUGGUAUUGAACGAUGGUUUUGACUUGCCUGUCCCCUCCGUGAACAGUCUCGAGGUUUCAUCUUCACCUCUUCAUCCAAGUUACAACCUAUGAGCUUCUCUUUAACAACCUGAGCAAUGCUCUGCGCCCCCUCUGGGAAAUCUGUUCUAAGACAAAUACAGCAUAGGGAAGGUCCCUCAAAAGAUGAAUGGUUUAUGACUAGAUUUUGGCUAAAUUUUAUGCCAUCUUCCUGCUACCAAUCCCAAUCAAAUUUGAAAACGAGGACUUGGUCAUACCUCGAAUAUUUGUCCGAAUUUUGAGAACUGGGUUGGACAAACACCUAUCAGCAUUUCUGGGCAAAGGCUAGCUUCCAGUCCAGAAGACCGAAAAAGCAAAAGCAGGUUAUUAAUUGCGACCCUCCGUUGUAUCAUUAGCGCCCUCGGGUUCCGAGAGCGGCUGGUCAUGACUUCAGUCGCAACUUUCCAAGGUUGGCAUCGAUUGGUUGCGUCAGUGGUUGAAUCAAAGACCCCCAUGAAUUGUUUUCUGGGUAUUUCUGUUUCCUCGCACUGGAGGAAAGGGAAAAAAUUAGCCAGAAAUACUUGUUCACCAUGAUUGUUGACUUCCGCACAUUCUAGCUCUUCUGGCACAUGUCAACGCUCUCUCUCUCUCUCUAGCGAAAAAAAGAGGCAGAGCCGGGAGAGAAAAAAGCAAUUAUGCCUCUCCCCCUCUCUUGAAUACAGGUCUGAUACAUGGUGGUUAGAGUCCAUGCACAAGACAUCUUGGUCUCAUAACUGCGCAAAUGCUGAAGCCAGGAAGCUUAAAGUUCCAAGAAUUUCUUUGGUCAUCGUCCUCGCGCCUACUUACAGAGAGGGCUGGUCAACUGGAUCUGAUAGCAAGUAGGAGACCCUUUCGAACUCAUAUACGGAGCAUAUGCCGGCGCAAGCUAUUCCUCGAAUGUGAUUGAUGCCAAGAGGUCGGUUUGGUGGUUUGUUGAUUAGAUGAAGCUAAUUGUAAUGUACUAGUAUGGUAGUUACGGUACCGGUGCUUAGUUGUGGAAAACCGGCAAGAUGACAGAGAAUGAUAUGAUUAUGUUUUGUUUUGUUUUUUUUUUUUUUUUUUGUACGAACACCCGUAUUGCGCUCGUAAAAGCGUCAUACCCAUCCAGCUUCCCGCAGCCAGUCGUAUGAAUCGUACCGACCUUGCUGUGGUUGUGAUGGAACUUUGGGUUCCCCGCAUCUUCCCACUCACAGCCCAGCUUGCUUUGCCUGCUCGCCACGCCCCCAUCGCAUUCCAGCAUUGCUCCAUCGACAACAUCAGUCAAGUCGCUUGAACAACAUCCGCUAUCGACAUACAUCCCAUACAUACGUACAAGUCUCUGCCCGCGACCUGUUCACGACUUGCCCCCCUUUCCCCCCCCCCGAUUCCCCCCGUACACUCACUUGUGCCCUUGUAACCUUCCGCUUUCCACAUCGGCAGGUGCUAUCUGGUUUACUUUGAUGAACUGUUCCCUCUACUUGCAGUUACCUACCUACUGAUGAACGAGAUGAAUUGGCCGGUUUUUGUUUCGAGACCUCCUCUUCCUAAUAUGUCAUCACCUCCAACUUCCAAACGCAUCAAGACGACUGUUGCAUCCAACACACCCACACAUCCCCUAAACCAGCAACAGCAGCAACAACCUCAUCCUUUUACAGGGCCUGGCCCUUUCGAAAGCGCCUCUAUGGUGCCCAUCUCCACCCCCGUGCCAGCUCCAGCCCCAGCAGCUCCAAAUCCCCGGAAGCGACGCGAGGGAAAUACCACUACUACUAGUAUAACUGGCGCGCCAACCGCCCCCGAGCCCACAGUCAAGAAGAAGGGUCGAACAAACACCCCAUGGACGGCGGAGGAGGAGCAACGGCUUAAGACUAUGCGCGAUGCUGGCAACACUUGGAGUGAAAUUGCUAAGACCUUCCCCUUGCGAACUGAAGGAAGUGUGAAGAAACAUUGGUACAAGGACAUGCAUUAUGCUGAAUUUACCGAGGAGGAGUCCAUAACGCUGCGCGAUGCCAUCAAAGAAUACGAAUCAAGUAAAUGGAAAGUCAUUGGACAGAAGAUUGGGAAGCCAGCAAAGGCCUGUGAGCAAUAUGCAAAGGAGCAUUUUAAGCACACUUAACGUACGCAGCGGAAAUGACGUUUUAACGACUAACUUAUACCUACAAUAUCUACCCCCUUUUUUUCCCGACAAUUAGCACCCAAGCUCGUGCUGUUGUACAUCCGUUCUACGUCUUUACGUUAUUCCUAUUUCAGGAAACUAUUUAUGAAUCGCCGCAACUUUAUGAUGAGUAAACGGGAUCGCAGGCUUCAGGAGUUUAGGCUGGGUGUUCACACCUUCUUAUUUUACCAGUUAGUAACAAGGUGGGGCGAGCCCAUGCAGUUUUCAGGCAGUGCUAUACCCCAGUUUCCUCUGUCUCUAUUCAAGGUGCUUUGAUUUCCAUAUUUUCCCUUAUUUUUCACUUUGCUUUUUUCUAUCAAAAUGCGUUUUGUGCUUGGGGGUGAGAUUGUUCGGGAAGCGGCUCAUUGGGUGAGAUGUUAUGCGAAUGCGAAGAGCACCGUUGGGUUCCUAGUCGUCUUCUUUUCUUGUUUAAUUUUUUAUUCAGUUCUUCAAAUUUCCUAAUGGCCAACCUCCCCCCCCCCCCCCUUUCCCCCGGUUUUUUAUUCUUUCCCUUUUCUUUGUUUUCACUCUUUCCACAUGCCUAUUCUAAGUCCCUUACAUUACUUCCAAUCUCAAAUUCGGGUGGUAUAUCAAAUAAAAUCAAUUGGAAAACCAAAUCGACUAGUUUUGUAUACAAGCAGACAAAAGAAAAUGGCGGGCAAAGUUUCCUCGGUUAUCUCUAAGAGUUCUGCAAACGGCCUAUAUCUCUCGUGGACGAGCUGAGUGCAUCAUCCAGUCGCGCGCGUUUAUAAAACAGGCGGGAUAUUUCUCGGAAGGGGGGGUAUUACCUGUUUCCCAGUUUCGUCUACUUCGUCUUUAACUCCUAGGCCAAAAUAAUAAAUUGACCAAGUGGGUAAAUGUUAAUGUGAAGGUUGUGAAAUACCUAUCUCAUUUUUAUUUUUUUAUUUUUUGUGUCGUUUGGAGAUGUUGAACGUUGACAGAGUUGAGGAAGAUACUGAGGCGAGUGUUGUUGGGAUGCGAUUGCGCAAAGUUGGACUGCAUGGAGAGAGGGGGAUGGGAAAGAUUGAAGGCUGAAAAUUGGACAGAAGCACAUGGGAUAAAGUAUAUUACACUAAAUACAUGCGUCUAAGCAACAUCAUAGUCUCUGCAUAAUCUUUGCGAACUUAUUAUACCUUAAUCAUGAGUUGCAGUGGGAGGUGUCAGGGAGUUUAACACCCCUUCUGCGUUAGAUAAAUAGUUAAUGGAUAGAGGGAGGGACCUGGUGAAUAAGCUACGCCAAACAACAUUUGUGAGUUUUUCAUCCCUAUCUAUUUUGCAUGCACAAUUGCUUAUAUGUAUGUAUGUACUACUCAUUUCUUAUCCAUUUGACCCUAAUCAUUAGCAUUUCAGAACACACAAGGAAUAAAACCCAGUAUGGCAUAGAGCGACUCCACUACAACUGGUUAUUGUAAGUUAGAAAGGCAGGCUUCAUUCGUCACUCCGAUUUCUGUUUCGGAUCCUCUAUUCUGGGCCCCUUGCCUCUUGCCCACCCCUUUAAAUUGCCUUUUGCAUUUUUUUCUUUUUUUAAUAUGGUCUAUUUAAUUCUUCAUGUAUUCAGGCACAAUUACUACACGUGGGACCUGUUAAAGUGAGUAAAUUUUGAGAGAACUGCAGCUUCACAUCACAUAUCAUUUUUCCUCAAUUGUCAUUUUUCUUGUCUGUUUCCCUGUCUCUGCUUCUAAGUUUGUUAUUCCUCAUCGAAGCCAUCUACAGGCAUCCUCCUCUGCUUCUGGAUUCCCACUUUUUUUGCUAGUAGUGUGUAAGGAAAUGUCAGAAAGGAAGUUGAGCGAUCAACAUGCACAAUAUGAAAGCUACAGAAUAACUUACAUGAUAAGAGCUGACUUGGUUGUUCAUCUGUUGCGUUUUUGCUCUUUUAAUGCUAGCUGGUUGGACGAACUUCUCAAUUUUGAGGAUGGAUUUUAUCUUGGUUCAUUUCUGAAUGAACACAAGUACUUUCUCUCAAUCUCCCAUUCUCUUCCUCUUCUGAAGCAUUAUAUACAUUCAAAGUAGCUGUCAAAGUCACAUCAAGUCAGAAGAACCAAACCUGUUUCAACACGCACACACAACGUCGUUAUUUUUUUCUGUUUUCAUUUUCAUAUAUAUCCGGGGAUACACCGUUGGGCUUUUCUAUCAGUGGCCGAGACACCAGUGAACUCCCAAGACCUAACAAUAUCUAUGGCAUACCGAAGCCAGGAGACAUCAAAGUCCAUUCUAAUUCUAACCAUUGCAAGUGUUGCUAGGUGGCUAACUAUCACACCAAAUUUAGCAGCCAUGCAGUUUCACUCGUUGCAUUUUCUACAUGGUUACCUUUUACACAGCGGGUCGCUAUGUUUGAUACAGGAGGACCCUUGAUUGGAUAAAAUCAACCCGGCUACAGGAAUGUUAUGAUUUUGUGCGGGAGGACAAGAAUUUCCCCUUCUUCUUGUUGUAUCUUUCCUCUACUUUGCGCAUCCUCUGUGCCUCACCAACAGCAAGGAAGUUGGAUGUGUUCCCAUCAAUCAUCCCGGUCGUUUCAGUUGUUGGAUUUUCCCCUCCGGUGACGAGUGAAAUUCGGAGGGAUUUGACCUAGGUUCAACCAACAGCUGGCAAUGUCUUCCUAACGGACGGAUUGUCGGUUCAGCAAGCCUCUUUCGUCCCCCCACCCCGGCUCUGAAGUUUGCGUUGUAGAUUUACUUGCAGAAUUCGGUGUCUCCGAGUCACCAAGCUCGAUCCGAUAGGCUCACUUGCAAAAUCACUCUCUAUCCGCAUUUGUUGGGUGCACAGGCGGACUUCUAGUUUGGCCAAUCCAAAACUUCCCUUCAAACCGCCGGUGGUGGCAACGAUGUUAGGCUUUCAGAAAUCUGUGUCGUCGUUCUGAGUUCGAUUUCUUCUAGGUGCUAUCCUUAUGUGCCCCGCAUGCUUGAUUUACCCUAGUUUGCUUUCAGAAGACGAAGUUAUCUUGGUAUACGAAUGCUGGAAUGACUUAAGAUAUCUAUUUAACCCCAGACCCCCUUCUAACAUCCCAUAUUUUCAAACGAUGGAUCAUUUUGCUAGGCAUGGUUCCUCCGAACGUAUGAAUUUGCGCGAUGAAAAAUUCGAAUCCCACUUUCUGUCUGAUUUUAUAAAUCGUCCCUGCGCCAUCAAAAGGAAUCGGGUCCAGGUUGAUCCGCCUACUUUGUGAAGCUUUGCCUUGCCGAUCCCUGUAUACUCACGUAUAUUAACUGAAUACAUUUUCCAAGAUGGACUGUUUGCGGUAUUCACCUUGCGGACGGCCCAUAAUCUUUCUACCAUCCUGUGUUGAGUAUCCCCAUCCAGCUCCAUACCACUCCUGCCCUCAACGAGCCAUAGUCAUGGAAACAACUCUCUUCUAUUCGAAAAUACCCUACCCGCUGCUGUGCACGGCUUGGAAUGUUCGGUGUUUCAGGCGGGUUACGUGGCACCCGAUCGCACCGUUUUCAGUCGUUUUUGUUCGAGAAGUUACUCGGACAGAUAGCAGAGUUGCAACACUUCAAAUGAGAAGUCACUAUCCAUCUAUUACGCUCCUCCUAUAUGUCGAUAAUGUGCAUAUUGGUAUAUCUAAGGGUUGGCUGCUUCCACAGCGUGCGUCUAAGCGUUGACUCUCAUGCAUUACCAAGUCUAUUUGGGGAUACCUGCAGUGGCAGUUUGAAUUAUGUUCAACGGCCUCUAGCUAGUACCUACUACUGAAAGCACGGAGAAAUUUUAUUCUCUUUAGUCUUAAGUUGCAUAAAUACAUCAGGUGCUACCCGUAGACACCCCGUUACCACUCAAUAGAGGGCUUUCUGAUGACUUAACUCUAGCACAGUUCAAAAUUUUCUCUACCCUUUCAACUGCCCAGAUGCUUCACAGGAUUUCCAGUAAGGCAUAUUUGUCCAUUCUGUUGCUUUGCUAGUGGCC